AUGGACGCCAUGGCGACUGAGAUAACCUCGCACGUUGCGAAUCCCUACCCGAACAAAGUCAUCCAUGCCGACAUACGGAUACAAUCGAUUGACGACGAGUCGGGACCGAGCGGCCCAGCUAUUCAGAGCGACGAGCGCCUAGGGGAGAGCAAACCAAGCAUAGCAGAUGUCGUCUACCAGGAAAAGGCCGCUGAUAUGCGGGAAUGCUGGUCCAAAGCUAUCGCCAAGAACAUGGACCUGCCCGAGGGCUACUCCAGCGCUGCCGUGUUGAUAAUCAGGUGGGCAGAUGCGCUGGACGACCUUAAGACCGGAGUAGAGGCUCGAGAACUCAACGCCCUCUUCCGCGAACGCUACCACUACAAGUCAAACAUCGUCGAGCUCGACGUCCAAACAAAACCUCAACAUCAGCUCGAAAGCUCCGUUAUCAACUUCAUACGCGACAACGAUGGACCGGAAAAUCUGCUCAUCGUAUACUACACCGGGCACGGCGAUUACAGCGAGGAGAGAAAGUGCUUGGAGCUCACGGGCAGCCUCAGGCCCAACAAUGUCCUACUCGGCAGAGGAUUCCGGAAGAACGCCCGUGCGAACUGGACCAAAGCAGAGGACCGGCUACGCAGCGAAGAUGUAGAGAGCGAUGUCUUGACCAUCCUAGACACCUGCUAUGCGAGCAACUUUGCAAAGUCUGGCAGAGAAGGCCAAAAGAAGUUUGAGCUCCUCAGCGCUUGCGCAAUUGAUCAAUUGGCCGAGCCCCCUGGCGACAAGUCAUAUACCCGUGCGCUCAUUGACGCUUUGAAAGAACUCCACACGACAGACACGGAGGGAGCAAUAUCGACCUUUCGUCUACAUCAGCGCAUCAACAUGGACGAACGACGCAAAGAUACACCCUCGCAAAUAUGGUCUCGCGGCAAAAGCACACAGCACAGUGACCAACAUAUCGUCCUGGCUCCGCUCAAGCUAGGAACGGUUAACACGUCUAACUGGCGGCCCAAGCCAAAAGGCUAUUUGACGCUGCGGUUCGGUUUACGGGACUCGACACUGAGCCCAGAGCAGAUCGACUUCAUGACCAAAAAUCUUGCCAAAGCCUUCGGCAACAAGGCGCUCGUAGGUCUCAGAAGGGUCGAUUGGGUAGACAUCGAGCUUGCUCCACCCACGACGGACUUUGAACGUGUAACGUUCACCUAUCGCGCCAUAGCACAGUGGAGGAGAGUUGUUGAGAAGAACAAAAAGAUGAGAGGUUCUCCGCUUGUUCCGAAGACUGGUUCGGUGGGUGCGUCACAGAAGCGCACAAACGAAGAUGCAGAUGAUCUUCCGGAAGCGAAGCGCCGGUACCUAGACACCUCGCAGCCUCCUCCUUCACCACCUGUCUCGGAAUCUUCGCGCAUUGACUAA